GUAGUUUUUGGUUCGCCGCUUGCAUGUCAAUACUGAAGAGAGUUGAGUCUCGCUGAAAAUAUUUACAUGGUGUAGCCGGUGUAAGUAUAGCUAUAGGCAAGAGCGGAUACAAUGCGUGGGCGUGGCCUUUCGCCGUGAUAUUGGUUCCUCAAGUAGUUACAAAAAUGGCCGCGUACGCGUUGCAACGCAGACCGCUGCUAAGCUUGUUCUGCAGCGGCACGGUGCAUGGCUUGAACCUAAUUUCAAGCACGACAAGCUUUGGCGAUGUUCCUGACGCAAAUUACAGGCUUGGCGAUGUUCUUGAUACAAAUUACGAUACGGAUAUCCACAUUACAGACCUAUCGGAGGUAUUGAAAGUUCAUCUUGUGAGUUGACGGGCGCAUAUCCAUAGUUUUUUUUCUUUGAAAGAAGUUGCUGUAUUCAUUUGAUCGUGGUCGAAAGACUAAUGCACGAUAUACUAGUGCGGAAGCAGAAUCGUUAUACUUCAGAAUUAUUGAUCCUGGGUUAAAAGACUACGAACAUGCAUGCUUAGGUAAACACUAUCCUGCUCCGUAGAAACGUGAAGGAAAAGGCGCGCUCUGGGGCUGCACGAGAUCUCGAGAAGAAAGAAAAAAACCGUACUAGAGAAAGGUUUAUUGCGGUUACACCUCCGAGGACUCCGUCUUUUGAAGAACAGAAGUUGUCGGUGGAGCAGACGGCUCCUCGACGGGCCAAAAUCGCUGUCUUUUACUCCCACAGCUGCGCGGAUUGUAGGUUUUUUCGCCAAACAUGGAACAAGCUCCGACGCCAUUUUCUACCAAGGUUGGAAAGCUCGUCGAAGCUGUUUUUUUAUGGCUAGUCGAUCAAUAGAUAUCUCAGGAGUGGUGCAUUCGUUCCUCCUUGCACUUGUCUGAAGCGGAUAGAUUUGUUUCAAGGGGGAGAAAGGGAACCCACUCAAGCAAUAAACCAAGGGGAUCAGCUAGGGGACCACUCAGCCAGAGAUAAUGACUUCUGACCUAGUCUACCUUUAAUGCUUACAAAAAUCACGGCGUAAUCAAUUACGCGUUUUGGAGGACCACGACGGAUCAUCCAUCCGGAUGUCAACGCGAGGAGAACAACUACUGUCAACGCGAGCAGGUGUCGACUUUGUUGCUGUGAAGGACGAUGAGUAUGCCGCUGCCGAGCCUUUUCAGCAUUUUGAGAUUCCAGCAAUCUUUGCGGUUACUCCGUCAGGAAAAGUGCUGAAGUUUUCGAAAGACAAGCUAGGCGACUUUUUGGAGCAUCGUGUGGGCCAGCAUGAGAUCCUCUUGGAGCUCGUUCAGUUUGUGGCUGAAAUUCAACAUGAUCACAACGAAGUAUCGGCAACCACAGAUAGAGAAUCGUCUUCAUCAUCCACAGGUAUCAACACGAACGGCCUCAAGGCUUCCUCGUCUACCCAACGACUUGCGUGCGGCGAAACAGAAGAGGAUAAAGCCGCUCAAUCACGCUUAUUGGCGGUUCUCGCCUCGCAUCCAGGCCGCGAGAUCGAGAUUCUCAAUUCGUCCGGCUACAAAGGUACCAAAGUGGUGGAGUUGCUGUUGGCCCACCUGCAGCAGUCAAUCGAAUCGGCGGAUGCGUCGUCGAUUCUGGAAAAGGCUGCAGAGGUCUUCGAUCAGAUUAAGGACGCGGCGCUGGGCUGCUAAAUUUCUUGAAGCUCAAAGUAGAUCCAUUCUAUCCGGUUUGUAACUUCACAGUCAACUACUGGGUCGAAACAGCUUCAUCCUCGCGGUUUCUCGGAUAAGUUGUGAAGUUUUGCAGAUGUAGAUCGAUGUUGAUUUUGUGGUAGUGUGAUAUUCGCUGAGGUAUGUUUUUUUCAAUGAAGGUAGGUGGUUCUCAGUUUUUCAAGAAAUUAUCAAAGAUGAGACUGCUUAUUUGCGAUCAGAAAGUUCUUGCUCCAAGCGCUUCUUUAGAUGUUGUAUUCCUUGUUUCGCUUUUUUUUCGCUUCUAGUCUUUUCCAAACGAGUUUUCUUCGAGACGGCAGUGUAUGCAAAAUUAUUGUCCAUUUUUUUUCUCGUUCGGAAGAUGUAUUCCAACCAAGAUUGAUGAGAUGAAUUGGAAUAUGUCUUGUUACUACUCGCGAUCGGAAGGAACUGAGCUAGAGAAAUAUCUUGUAACAAUUUUCGAAUAGCUGUCGGAAUGCAAGACCAGCAACGGUGCGAAUGUCCGUAGGUAAAUAUACCCAGGCGCGUGACGCGGAAGUAAGGAUUAAUUGAGAGAGAUGAAAUAAUCCCGCAGGUUUCAUCGCAACUAUGAGGCUCAUUAUGCCAUAUCAUCUGAAAGAGUUCGACUUAAUACGGAAAAUUUUUAC